ACAGCGAAGUGACAUCAGCGAGGUUUGUUGACAUGUAUGUGUGUUUUUGUUAAGGAGAGAAGAAGCAAAAGAACCGUCUGCGUCCGGAUGGACCUGUACUGUGUUUUGUAGACGAGAGAAGAAUGUGAAGCACAAUGGCUGAUUUUGAAGCCUACCAGGAAUACCAGAGAAUAGAGGAUUAUGAGGAAGACUCGCCUCCAGGAGAAGAGGACUUGCUGAUUCAUGUGCCAGAAGGCCUGAAAGAUUCCUGGCAUCACAUCAAGAACCUUGACAAUUUCUUCACUCGAAUUUAUCAUUUCCAUCAGAAGAAUGGAUUUGCCUGCAUGAUGUUAUCAGAGUUUUUCGAGCUUGUGCAGUUUCUCUUCGUGGUCACUUUCACAACUUUUCUCUUCAACUGCGUGGAGUACGAUGUGCUGUUCGCCAACCGAGCGGUCAACCACACUGGCCAGGGCCUGAACCCACUGGACAGGAAUAAGGUCACCCUGCCUGAUGCCAUCCUACCUAGUCAGCAGUGCACUGAGAGGAUUCAAAGCAACAGUUGGAUCAUCUUCCUACUUAUAAUGGCAGCCAUUUUUUGGAUCUAUCGCCUCGGGAAGGUGAUCUGUAAUGUCCUCAGUUACUGGGAGAUCCGUCAGUUUUAUAUAAAGGCCCUGAAAAUCAGGAUGGAUGAGUUGUGUAACUUCAGCUGGCAGGAAGUGCAGGGACGCCUGAUCAGCCUGCAGCGCGAGCAGCAGAUGUGCAUCCACAAGAAGGAGCUUACCGAGCUGGACAUCUACCACCGCAUCCUGCGCUUCAAGAACUACACUGUGGCCAUGAUCAACAAGUCACUGCUGCCAGUCCGCCUGCGUGUGCCCUUCUUUGGGGACGUGGUCUUCCUCACGCAGGGCCUUAAGUACAACUUUGAGCUCAUCCUCUUCUGGGGGCCCUGCUCGCUGUUCCAAAACAAGUGGAACCUACACCCCAAGUACAAGCGGGCGGGGAACCGCCUGGAGCUCGCCCGGCAGCUGAGCCGGAUCAUCCUGCUGGCAGGGAUCACCAACCUGCUGCUGUGUCCAUUCGUGCUUGUGUGGCAGGUGCUGUACGCCUUCUUCAGCUAUGCCGAGGUGAUCAAGCGUGAACCGGGAAGCCUAGGCGCGCGGCGCUGGUCGCUGUAUGGCCGCCUGUACCUGCGCCACUUCAAUGAGCUGGACCACGAGCUGCAGGGGCGACUGGGCCGGGGCUACAAGCCAGCCGCCAAGUAUAUGAAUGCCUUUGUCUCGCCGCUGCUGGCUGUGCUGGCCAAGAAUGUGGCGUUCUUCUCAGGCUCUGUGCUGGCUGUGCUCAUCGCGCUCACUGUCUACGACGAGGACGUACUCACCGUGCAGCACAUCCUUACUGCCAUCACUGUGCUGGGCGUGGUCAUCACCAUCACCAGAUCCUUUAUCCCAGACGAGCAUAUGGUGUGGUGCCCGGAGCAGCUGCUACAGUGUGUGCUGGCGCACAUUCAUUACAUGCCCGACCACUGGAAGGGCAAUGCCAAUAAAAGUGAGACACGUGACGAAAUGGCCCAGCUGUUCCAGUACAAAGCGGUAUUUAUACUAGAAGAGCUGCUCAGUCCCAUCAUCACUCCCUUCAUCCUUAUUUUCCUCCUACGGAACAAGUCUCUGGAGAUCAUUGACUUCUUCCGCAACUUCACUGUGGAGGUGGUGGGCGUCGGUGACAUAUGUUCCUUUGCACAGAUGGACAUUCGCCGUCAUGGCAACCCACAGUGGAUGUCAGAGGGCCAGACGGAGGCCUCUAUGUAUCAGCAGGCAGAGAACGGCAAGACAGAGCUGUCCCUCAUGCACUUCACCAUUAAGAACCCACGCUGGCAGCCUCCCCAGGACAGCUCAGUCUUUAUCAGCCACCUGCGUGAAAAGGUGCAGCAGGAUGCGCAGAGUGGACCCUCUCCUCAGCUCCUCCUCUCUGAGGCUCCUCUGUGCACUUCACUGCUCUCCAAUGAGUCUGCCACUGCUCCUGACAAUCUGUUGGCAAGUGUACUGGCCCACCCGGUGCUGACUGCAUCCGGUUUGCCAGGGUGGAACCGUCGCUUCGUUCCUCCAAGCAGCACAGCCUCUGCCGCAGCCAGCGUGCUGGCCUCACUCUCUUCCUCCCAGCAGCCCCAUGCAGGCCGUUCCCGCUCACACGUCCUCCUGCCUUCUGCCCACCACCACCAUGAAGGCCCCAUGUACCACAGUGACCGCUCUGCCACAGACAGCAUGUCUGUCAGUGACUCCAAGAUCGUUGGCCAGUCCAACACGGCCCUGCUGUCUGAGUUUGCUUCUGCAGAAAUGAGCCUGCAUGCCAUAUACAUGCAUGAGGUCCACCAGCAGAAGUUCCAGUCUCAGCGUGGACCAGGCCAGUUUCAGCCUCCUGUGGCCAUGAGGGACACUGGUGCCUCUGCGGCACCUGGGCCUCUGAUGCAGUCGACACAUACGGCGAGCCUGGUGUUGCCCAGCCCCCUCCGUCUGGGAGGCUGGGUGGAGGAAGAGGAGGAGGAGGAGGAAGAGGAGAUAAACAGCAGCCCUGCGCCAGAGCACAGUCAGACCACUAGGGGGAGCAGCUGAAGUGCCUUAAAGCCGUAGGUCAUUUUCUGGAAGAACGUUGUGGCCUUAGUUUAAUGUAAAGCUUUUUGAUCAAACGCAUCGGUCAGUGCGAGAACGUGUCCGGCCGCAGCCGUGGGAUCAGAAUCUUCACUGCACUGUCUUCCAGCCCAGGGGAGCUGUGGCAUGCUGGACUGCAAUGUAUGUCAACCACCCCUCCUCUCGCUUCUUUCAUCAGAAAUAUAUUUAAUUUUGAGGACUUUUUUUUGAAUAUGUUAGAUGUGUAUGGGUGAGUGUUUGUCCUGAGACCAAGGAUGUUGGUCCCUAACUGCGUGUUGCUUAAAAAAAGAACAUUAUGGAUGCUAGAAACAUCAGAUCGUGGCAAACGUUGAAUUGGACGUUAGUGUGGUCGUCACUUUGAUAAAAAAAACAGCAGUGUUUGGCAGUGUGUUUUUAUUUCUUUGCGUGUGACACCCCAGCAGUGAACAUAAAACUUUGUAAAAGGUCAAGAUUUCUCCUCUAAGUACAAAGAAAACAAACAAACAAACACAAAGGGGGUUGGUAAGUUUAUUAGUACCUACUAUGGAAAUGCUGCUUGAGCUUAAGUAUCAAAAAUGUGUAUACCAACUUCUGUCCCUGUUUUAUCCUGAGGGUGUUUGGAGUCUUUUACAUUGUUGAAACUUAUAAAUACAGCGUCACUGAGUAUGACAAAAAUAUGAAUUUCAAAUCUUAAGAUUCUGUAUUUUAGUGUCUCAAGCAUUAGAGUGAAUGUAACUGUCCUGAAAACGUAAUUAUUCAGCUGCCUUUCACUUUAUGGGAGUUUGCCAUCCCCGAACACAAGUUAUUUGUUAAAGCAGCACUAAUUUUGAUUUAUUUUCAACAUUGGUGUCAAAUUUAUUUUCAUGUAUAAGUGAAGUGAAUGCACAGCUCAUGGAUAAUUUUAAUAUUCCACAGUGAUUGUUAGCACAGUAUAGUGCAUGAAAGAAGAAAUAAAAGGGCAAGUAAUUUAACCACUAAAAUACAUUCGCCACCAACAAAUUUAAGAAUGACCGUGGUCCUCAUGUAGAAGUCAGUGUUUUGGUAGAAUGAUUAUGAUGCCUAUUUGCUUGAAUGCCAGAUCCACUAUACUGUAGAUUCAAGUAGGAAUUAUGACACUAGUUAACAAUAACAAUGAAAACUGACAUUUAAUGGUGAUGAAAUUGUGAUUAAGUUUCUGGAAGACAGCAGAACAGAAAGUGUACAUAGGUUUUUUCCAGUAUUUGUGAAAUGUCCUAAUGGUGCUCGUACAACAGCUGAGUUAGUCCUAUGAAGUGACAUAUGGUUUUCUCACUAUAGCUAAUUAGCUAACUGAUUAAUUAGGUAUGCAUUAGCUUUUAAUCAAGCUGUAGACCUGUUGUCAUCUUGACAAGUAAUAUUAAUAGAUUUUAUUAAUCUUCUCUCUCUUGCCGUCCCCAGAUAAAUAUGGCUCUAUUACAUAUCAUGGACAGGCUAUUACAAAAACCAGAAGGCUAUGACAGUUUCCAUAAACCCUGAUGUAGUAUUCUCUCGCUGAGCUCGUACAAUGAGUUGCUGGUCCCUUGCGACUAGCAGCAAGCGCCAGGCUCAGCUGUCCGCUCUCCACACCUAUGGUCAUUAGUAGCUAAGCACAUCCCAUGGGUAUGACAUAUCAAUUUUAAACAACCUUACUGAUGGUUUCUCAAAAAUGAAUUGUUUUUCUUGUGAGUGGGAAAAAAGUCAUAUUGUUGUAGAUCUUUGCCUCUGACAAGUAGGCAGUGCUUUUGGGUUCUUUUACAUCAGGGCAAAUGCAUUGAUAUUUAAAGGAAUAGCUCGACCAAACGUGCUAACAUGGCUAACAACAAAUGGGAGGCACUAGCCACCAAUGAGCUCCUCCAUUUGUGCACUGCUAAUUAGUGGCUAUUCACUUUCAUUCAUUGUUAACAACAUUAGCUUAUGUUGACUGAACUAUUCCUUUUACACAAACUGAAAUACCUCCAGAUGUGUGUUCAAACAUCAGACUAGUUAAUGUACAGUAUUUAUUUUGGUGGAUGUUAUGUGUUGAUGCAACUUAAAUACAGAGAGAAAUCAGAGCGUGCAAUCCAUCAGAUCAUGAAUAUUCACAUUUGGCAUGUUACGACUAUUAAAGGUUUGCAGUUUUUGCUUAAUGCCAAGCAUGAGUGGGAAAAGGUGGUUCUCCACACAGUCUCGGAAUGAUAACUGACUUAAUCGCGAUAAUUUGUGAUCCGUUAUUUUACAUCUUUAUCUUCAUGUCCACUAUCAGCAGUCUGAAAACGGACUGUGCAAGGUGCUAUAUAUUUUGUUUGGAUGGUUUCGAUAUUUAUCUCUUAUUUUUUAUUUUUCUGAUUGUUUUGUCUAAUUAAAUCAACUCUAUUUAAAAAUAAACCAUACCAAAAAAAACCCCU